AAGUUUUGCUAUACGAUUACUUUUAUAUGCAUAACUUUUGGAUGAUUUUAUCAAUAUAAAAAAAAACCUUUUAUAGUAGAUGCCUCUAUCACAACCCAUUACAAUUAACAUAACCUCUAAUUCAAAAAAGUUUAUACUUUUUAAAUUUUAUUUGUAAAGCAAAGGUCGCAAGGUACAAAAUAAACAAUCCUUGUCCUUAGCAAACGAGACAAUAGCCGUCACACAAUGUCAAUAGCAAAACUACAAUAGCCCUAUACAUCUAACAAAUCUUGGCAAUGACCCUACAAAGUGCAAAAGUAGAGCAACAUUCGAACCGUCUCGUCGAGCAGAUGCGCCAAUCUCUCACGCACACAUCCAAACACUUGAUACAUACAUACGUGAAGAUGUACAUACAUUUAAAGUAAUCAGUAAUCAUUGGUAUCGUAUAUAAGCCGUUCGGAAUCAAUACGGACAUCAUUCGGGCAACAUCGGCCGUCUUCGUUCGGUGUUCCAGAUUCGGAUUUUUUAAAAAAUAUAACCGUUGAGUGAAGUGUUUUGGAAGGUAAAAGUUUUCGGUUAAGAAACAAAUACAAAUACAACCUCAACCAUGAAGAUCCUCAUUCUAUGUGCGCUGGCCGUGGUGUGCCUGGCCGAGCCUCCGGUGGACAACCGAUACUUGCCUCCCUCAGCUGGCUCCCCCUCGGCGGUGUACGGAACCCCAGGGGCACCUGGACUGAGGCAGACUGAUGCUGUGUUCAGAAGCCGCCAACCCUCCCGCGCUGGAUCCCGUCGCCCUUCCUCCCAAUACGGCGCUCCCCAACCCUCAAACAGAUACGGGCCCCCUCAAUCCAACUUCGGUCAAUAUAACGCUCCUUCGUCCACUUACGGUGCCCCCGGUCAGAGCCAAGCUCCCUCCUCGCAGUACGGUGCGCCCUCAACACAGUACGGCGCGCCCUCCUCGCAGUACGGCGCGCCCUCUCAGUUCGGGGGCUCCCCUCAGUUCGGGGCCCCGUCUUCUCAGUACGGAGCACCAGCAGCUAACGCUCCCUCUCAACAGUACGGAGCUCCUUCUCAGCAAUAUGGCGCUCCUGGAUUCGGUGGUGGCGCUGGAGGUUACUCGCAGGGCGGUCAGCAGAGCCGGCAGUACCUGCCCCCCGGCGGCCGCGGAGGGUACGGCAGUGAUGACGGUAGCAACGGCGAACCAGCCAACUACAAUUUCGAGUACAUGGUGAAGGACGACCAGUCUGGCAACGACUUCGGUCACCGCGAGUCGAGGCAGGGCGACAGGGCUGAGGGCCAGUACUACGUAUUGUUACCUGACGGCAGGAAACAGACUGUUCAGUACGAAGCUGACCAAGACGGCUACAAACCCAAGAUCUCCUACGAAGACACCGGCCUCGGCCAGGGAGGCUAUGACAGAAAUAGCCAGGACGGCUACAACGGCAACGGCUAUCAGGGACAGGGGCCAUACUAAAUUAAACUUUAUACCAGCGAAGUAAGAUCUAGAAUUACGAAAUACUAAAAUUCAGGGCAUUUUACAACUAUUCAUUUAAAUCCAUUGAUCUCUAUCAAUUAGCUAGUUUCUUUAUUGAUAGAUUCAUUUUCAUGUUUGUCAUUAAUUUGAAUGAGGUUGCUUACAAUGAUUGAUAUUUUUUAUCUGUGGUUCAUUUAGGCGGGAUAAUACUUGGAGGUUAUGUGCAAAUACUCAAAAUACAAAUGUUUAAUUAUCGAGAAAAGCUGUUGGUAUUAAAGAAAAUGAGUGUAUUGUCCAAAACUGUGUGGAAAUAUUAUUAUUUUUAUGGAAAGGUUAAUAUGAUGUGUUCAUUAAUUUUAGAUUGUCGACGACUUACGCUGUUCAUAGGAUUUUGAGCCAUAUUUACGAGACUAAUGUACAAAACGCUUAUUUAGUUGUAGUUAUUAGAAAAACAAAAUGGCGGAAUAUUUUAUUUCAAUUAUUUCUUCACUUGCUCUUUCUUUUUGAUGAAAAAGACAUUUCGUCUUUGUUUUUCUGUUAUAUAUUCUAUAAAGCCCAAAAAAUAAUUAUUCAUUUCAUUUUACUAUUUCAAAUAAUUA